AUGGCAAUACCCGUAGCUGCCCUGAAUUGCCAAAGUGAAGUCACAGACGCGACGAUAGACCGCAACUGGUUGUUGUCAGGUUGUGGCCCUUGUCGCAAGAACUCAUUCGAAACUCACCCUGAAGUGCCUAAUGACGACGCCGGCGGCUUCAGGUAUGACGAAGACAACGAUGCAACCUACAAAAGCAUCUGCGACGUUUGCCGCAGUGACUAUGGCCCCAAACAGCCAGGUCGCGAUGACUAUGGCCCCAAAGACCCAGACAAGGUCAUAACCAGCCCGACCUCGGUGCUCAGCUUGCCCAAGGAGACACCAACCAUUGCGAGUAUGGAAACAAUACAGGCGAAACCUCGCGUCGGAUGGCCAACCCCUCCAGGUCCCGAUUAUGGCGCUACGUUUAACAAUAAUGAUCCUCAACAGCCAGGUCGCGAUGACCAUGGUCCUAAACAACCAGAAAACGGUAUUACCAGUUCAGUCGCGGCGCUCAAACUACCCAAGGAGACACUAAGCAUCACGAGUAUCAGAAUAACACAGACGAAGCCUCGCGUCGGAUGGUCAACUCUUCCAGGUCCCGACGACGGCACUACCUUGGCUUGGUUUACGAAAACAACAACGCAUACCGAGACCGAGACCGAGACCACUACCACGACGGCAUCCACUACUAUAGAUCUAAGGAAGAGUACAGCAACAUCCAUGGGCCUUGGUGAGACCACGGAAACAUCAAUGAGUCCGGGGAAGACUGCAGCGACAUCCAUGGGUUUGACUGAGACUUCAGCAACAUUGGACCCAGAAGAGACUGACACUCCAACGCCACAAAAGAAUAAACACUCCGCUGGCCUUCAAACAGCCGGUAUCAUAAUUGCAAUUCUCUUUUUCAUCAUAUUCACCGUUCUGGUCACCUGGAAAUGCCUUCAACACCACCAGCAGAAUCAGUUCGACGAGGACCCAGAGGAGCCAAUGGAUGAAGCUAAUGAGGCUGGAGGCAGCGCCUUCGACGAUUCAGACUCAGAGGCCGAUGAGGGACAGGCCAGAAAUCUAGUGGCCUCGGUGAGGGGCUGGUUCAGAAGGCACCAGUUUCCAUUUCCUCCACCGAACGAGCCUGAAGAACCAGAUCCUGAUGACGAGGAAGCUGAUGACGGGGAACCCGAGCCUCAUCCAGUUCCUCCCCCUCCCCCUCCCCCGCCUCCUAUUCCUGAGCAACCAGUACAAGCUCCCGCCGCUGUAAUACAUCCAUUUAUCCCACGUACUCCUCGCGCUAUUCCAGGACAUCAAGUCCAGGCCCCUUCGGUUCAAGUACCAACUCCUGAUCCAGCUCAAGAUCGCAGCAACUCGAGUGUCUACAGCCAGGACAGCGGAUUUCCAGAGUCGGUCGAAAUACCUAGGCCACUCUCCAUAAACAGAUCCCGUCGUAGACAGGAAGAACCUCAGCCGCCUCAGGAAUGGAGGACAACUGGAGAGCCUGCGCAAACCGGAAAUUAUGGCUGGAUUUAA